GCUCUGUCGCUGGAGAGGCCAUGUUCGGUGGCUUAACAUCCCCACUACGCCCGUGGUUGGAGUCGCAACCCGGCCUGAUCCGAGAGCCCGUGCCGCUUAUCGUCGGAGGCUCUGACGGCUCUGGCACGAGAGGGGUCGUGGCCUUGCUGCAGCAGCUCAAGGUCCCCAUGGUGGUUGAGGACCGCGGCACCAUGGACGUCCACGGGGCGCCGUACAUGGAUAAGGGUGGCUGGCCGGCCGUGGUGAGCCCUGUGAUCGGGUGGGCGAAAGGGACGGGGUACGAGUCGCGAAGCGCGCCGGCCCAGCUGCGAAGAAAGACGUUCGACGCCCUGGGGGGUCUGAAGGCCCAGAUGCAAAAGAUGACCGGGAAGUCGCGAUCGAUCGGCGGGGAAGCCGCCAAGUACGUCAGCUGGGGGUUCAAGGCCCCGGUGUCGAUGGUCCUCGUGCCGUUUUUCGAGGAAGCGUGGGGGAAGGCCAAGUUCCUGCACGUCGUCCGCGACGGGAGAGACAUCGCCUUCUCGGGCAACCAGACCCCCGUCGAGAAGUUCUAUGCGGACAUGUUCCCGGAGGGCACCAGGGAAUCGGGGUUCAAGGAGCCUUCCGUGAAGGCGAUGGCCCUGUGGAAUAGUUGGAACGUCGGCGUGCACCAUUGGGCCGCGAGCCGGAAGGAGCGGGGGGCGACCGGACUGGACUACCUCCUGCUGCAUGCAGAAGACCUCAUCGACCCUGAAGCGAAGUUUGCGGCGAUCAAAGACGUGGCGGAAUUUGUUGGUUCUCCGCUUUCGGACUUCGAUCUGUGCUGCAUCGCUACCGAGGGGUCCAAGGACAUGGGCUCGCACACCAAGUCGCAGAAGGAUAGGGGAAAAAUCACCAGCCGCUUCGGCAAAUGGAAGGCAAGAAUCGAGUAG